UGUUAUGCAAAUUUCCAUCAUGGCGGCCUUGCGGAGGAAAUUUCCUCUUUGAAUGUACAAAUUCAUGAUGUUGUUUCUAGAUUCCUUUUCAAUGUCCAGCCAAAAAGCACACCAAGGUCCUUCUCCUCCGUCAGUCGAGCAGAUUUUAGAAGAUUUGGCAGCGGCAAGGGACGAUGAUGUCGUGUUUAAGUCGUCAAUCGUAGCUGGAGAAUCAGCCCAAAUAUCAAAGGGGAAAGGAAACAAGCUGGCCAGUCAUUCAGGUGAGUUAAUUUCUGGAGUUUACUGAUACCUCAUCACUCUGAGUUACGUCGAUAAUGUCGCCAAAUUGAUUAUUGAAAGGUUAUCGCAGGAAAGCGUUUUUUACUAUCAGCAACAGCAUAUUAACCCAUAACUCCCAAGAUCUGACUGUUAAUUUUCCCCUCUAACUGCUAUACAUUUGCUUGUUAGUCAGCUACGAUGAUUUUGCAUUAGAUCAAGAGAACAACCUCUACCUGAUAAGUUUUUAAAUUCUCAUAACCUGUAUAUAGGGUGAAGUUACAUGUGAAUCACUUCUGAGAGUUAAAGGUUUAAUGGUUUCUCACAAGAUACAUUUUUUGGUAUUUAAUUUCAGUUUAUAGUUUUUAGCUGGUAAAAAAAUUUUGUUUAAUCUGUGCAGAUAGUGUCAUGGAUCAUUCAGCUAGUGGAGGAAACACAUCUGAAAGUAAAGGAAAUUCAGACGAAAUCAAGACAAAAUGUCAAUCUAAUGAGGAGCUCUAUGGUGUGGUUGCUUCAUUUUUGAAAGAAGUUAAGACAUUAGAGUCUUCUCAGGAACGUCUAAAUAGUGUGGACCAAGAUUUAAAAUCAAAGAAAGAAGAAUUAGAUGAAGCCAUCACCAAAGUAAAAGAAGCAUGGGAAGUUGAAAAACAUGACAGUUAGUGAAAUGUCAGGGGCAAAGAGUUCUAAAUUUGAAUGAGCAAGCACUUUUAAAUGUUUGUUGUGUGCAAGGUAUAGGUCAGAUCUGAACCAAGUACUUUUGUUAGGAAUAUGUAAAAAUUGCCUUAACUGACUACACCUCUUUUCUUGCAAAGGAAAGCUAAGAUUUAACCCAAACUUUUCCAUAUUCUGAAGAUGUAUUGUUUUUUUAAAUCUGUUUAGAGAUAUUUUGUCUGGAUUCUUUUUAAUCUGUUUCAAAAUUUUAAAUCUUUUUUGUACUUUAUACACCUGUCAGGCAAGCUGAAAAAAAAUUAUUUUUGUGAUCACUCAGAAUUUUUAGGGUGAGGGAGGGGUUGUUUCAUUCUUCUCUAUUUCUCCUGAUUACUGAGUCUUCACAAUUCCAUAAACCCACCACAAAAAAAGAUAUAAAAAAAUAUUUUGAUCUUAUUGAAUUUUAAUCU